GGUAUUCCACCCUCUAUCAGUCGCACGACAGUCGUUUUCCAUUGCUAGACACGGAAGAAAAAAAAACAAACCCCGAGCUAACCACCCCUUCCUGGGGUCCGGACCGCGGCUUCCGGUUAAGUUUUUAGCAGAAAGUUUUAGUCAUUGUUUUGUCUUUUGGUUUAGUAGUUAAAAUACUGCCUGUGCUUCUUGUAGUGAGUCUUAAAACGUAGUCGGCGAAACAGAUCAAUUUAGGUUAAUCAGAUUUGAUGGAAUGUGUAGCAGUGGAGGGAAGGUAAUGGGAGCAUGUAAAUUAUGCAUGAUUGAAAAAGUGUACUUGCAAAUCACAACUUGACAGUUGAACAUGCAGCAAUUGCUGGAAAAAACAACAAAAUUAUUAAGAACAGGUCUUUCGAAAAAAGUGUCUCAAGAGGCCAUUUUUAUCCCCUUUAGUACCCCCCUUCGGUUCGGGUUUCUGUAAACUGUGGAAGGAAGUAGGUUUUGUGUGUGGAAAACAAAAGUUGCUCGGCCGCGCACAAACCGUAAGGUUAAUAUGAUACAUUGUUCCGCAGUAAGGUGAUACUGAUCGCGCAAAGAACUGUUGUGGUUGCUCCUUAGUCAACGUUCACAGACGAGGCACUGUUGGUGAGGUACCCAUCAACAACAUCAUCACAACGGGCGCUCUUGGUCGGCACAAUACCCCGAGCUAGUGAGCCCGCGGACCCUCCCGGGGGAGGGGGAGGCAAGGUGACAGUGCAACCGAGUUAGAACCUGAACGGACGACGAUCAAUCGACAAACGAUCAACACAAUCAACAAACAUUCGCUGAAGGCGCCUUUUUGCUAAACGGAGGCGGUACGGUUUUUGCGCGUGAUUAAUUUGCCGGCAACACCCAACCAAUUCAUCCGCUAGAUAAAAUCAUUCGACGAAAGUGAUACCACCCCGGCAAACGCCAUGGAGGCUCCGUUCGCCUGCGCUGAUCUGUCGGCGAUCACUGAUGAAGAUCUGUUGCGGAAAAUGUGGCAACAGGCGGAGGACUUUUCGCGCAAGAAAGAAAUCCGGGCGUAUAUGUACAAGUUGCGCGAGCAACGGUUGAAAGAUUUUUACGCCAGCAACGACAGCAGUCCACCGUACUUCCUGAUGGAUAAUGCGAGCGCUACAUUCGGGCUGAAGAAGAGCACAGUCACUGGGAGCCAUGGAGAUUCGCUCGUUGACCAGAGUUUCGAGAGUUUCAAAACGAAGGAAAUCCGUGACUCGGAAAGCCCAACCAGAUUUGGUAACAUGGCGAUACCGUCAGAUAAUAGCGGAUGGCAGAUCAGAACAUCCGAGGAAGUAAGCGCGGAUGGUAAGACGCAUACGAUGCGUACAUCCGCCACUACUCAAGGCAUCAAGGAGAUUGAUGGUGGUCGUACAGCGUUCGCUGGCAAAAACUUGGAAUCACACAGUGAGCAUUACGAUGGGGACGAUUCCAACUUUGUACACAGCAAGGGAGACCAGUCCACCACUGUGCUGGUGGAGGAUAGCAUUACCGAGGGCGAGAAUGGACGUAGCGUGUCCGGAUCGACACAUUCGACCACUACUUCGGUGAGCUCAACGCGCGUCGUUUAUCAACAGCAAAACGGUGACUCGGAGCGACCGAAAAAACAGUUAAUCGAUGCGACUGAUCAGGGCACAGGUUCUAUGCUGGAAUUCGGCGAUGAUCACUUCAGUUCCUCGCAAAAGCGUACCGUCACGAGUUCUUCCACCUCCAGCGUGCAACGCAACAGCGCUACUACCAAGAACGUUGACUUGAGCUCGACUAACACAGCGGAUAUGCAGUCGAUUUCGGACGCACGGGAGGAACAAACGAUUCCCAAGGAACUCUCCAAGGAUCCAGAGCGGGUACGCGAAGCGUUCCGUCUGGCACAGGGUGCCGGCAAGAUCAUUGAGCGGGAAGAAACAAUGGUGAACGCGUCGACGAAAAUGAUUACCGAAACGAAGCGGUUGGACGACGGUACGACGGUCACGACACGGACGUACGAAAAAAUCACCCAUGAGCCGACGUCCAUGGGCGAGAAAGUCGAGGAGGGUAUGCGCACGUCCGCUAAAAUGCAACCAGAAUCCGUGGGUCGGUCGGGUCGCCCGAACGAAAGCAACGCUACGAACGAAUUUAUUCGCCAGGAGAAGGCAAACCAGUCAUCAACGUCAAUGACAAAGACCAGCUCGCAGCGUAUUAUGGUGGAGGUAGAUGCGGCGCACGAUUCCUUCGCACGCUCGUUGCGCUCAGUUUCGCCGACCGGAAGCGUACGCUCCGUCCGUUCGAAUGUAACCCUGCCCGGGCGUUCGAGCGCUAGCCCGGAGAAGGUUCAACCGGUGCGUACUGAUUCGGACACUAAACCCGACUACAUGCGUGCCACGUUCACAUCGGAACGAAAAAUGUCCGGAUUUCAGGAGCAGCAAUCGGGGCCCACACAACGUUCGCCAAGCCCCCGCAAGGUCUCGGAGACCUCGCUUCAUGGCGGUUCACGCAGUACUUCCCCAACCAAGCAAUCCUCCACAACAAGCACUGCACGGGAGUACGAAAAGACAGCUGAGAGUCUGUCACACGUUACAGAAUCCGAGCGUCAAGCCUAUCCGGAAGUGGAUGGCAUUAAGGCGCGUGGUAGUUCGAAACCACCGCUGGUACGCAGUGAAACAUAUGAAGAAAGAUGCCGCAAAAUUUUGGGCAUGCCGAAUCGACCGGGCGAUGAGGAUGUGAAGGAUGAAUCGAAGAGCAUUUUUAGCACGUACGAUAACACCGUUACGGUGCAGCAGUCGCGUUCCGAGCUGCGUGAACAACGUAAAAAAAUCGAACAAGAGAUCAAAUCAAUGGAGACUAAAACAAGCAACUCACUUGCACGUCAAACGACGGAUGAGCAGGACAGCGUACUUGAGAAGGAACAUUCCAGCAGCCGUAAGUCAACGGUGGCGGCUAAGGAUACCUCACCAAGUCGUAAAAUUUCUUCUCAACAAACUUCUCCGACACGUAAUAUUGCUUCCACACCGAAAGAAAGCUCACCCACGCGAAAGGGUUUGGUAGAGGACAACUCACCGCGCAAGAGCUCACCAGUGAAAGAUAGUUCGCCGAGCCGUAAAACAGUUUCACGCGAAAUUUCUCCAAUGGCCAAGGAAACCUCACCAACGCGAAAGCAAUCGACACAGGAGGAAGAUUUGCUCGCACGAAAAUCGAAGGAUACUUCUCCUGCACGAAAAUCACCAGCGAAAGAAGUAUCACCAACAAGACACCCAUCGAUUGCUAAGGAUGUCUCACCAAUACGCAAAUCUUCGCACAUGGAACCUUCUUCCACACGAACGUCACCGGCAAAAGAAACAUCGCCGACUCGAAAACCGACUCGCAAUGAAUUGCCGUUGAAGAAUGAACGAGUUGAAUCACCAGUAAAACUAUCGUCUGAAACUACGACCAAAAGCAAGGCAACGAUAUUGGUGGAGCAAAAGAAGGAAGGUCGCAAUAUAUCGGUCGCUGAAAUUACCAUCCUUCCCGUUAUGGAGGUGACGGAGAAUGUACGAACAAAGACAACAACGACCCGUACGCACGAAAAGAUACUGACCAAACAAUCGUCAGACUCCAAGUUCGAUCGACGUCCGACUGCUACCGCCAACAGCCGUAUCAUUACCAACAAGAGCUCCUCUGACUUUGAUGUAAAACGCCGCGCGGCAGAGAUGGCUACACAGAGCAAGACACGCACGUCCGCCACUAGCCCAGACAAGAGACGACCAGCAUCCGGUACGGAGAAAUCUGUCCCAGUGAAACAGAACCACAUAACGGUAGCAAAAAUCAAGAUCGAAUCUAUGCGUAAACCAACCGCACAGACCAAGUCCUUGCAGGGUACAAGCGAGGAGGUAAGCACUGUGAAAAGUGGUAUCAAACGUGAGCAGGUGAACGUAUCCAAGCGUCCGGUGGAACCGGAAACUGAUCCCGAAUCCAGCAAGGAUACGGGAAUCUCAGAUAACAGUGAGGUGGAGGAAACGGUCGAGAGUGUGAUCGAGAUGAGCGUUACGGGAACAUCGUGUUGCCGUCAUACGGAUCGUAAGGAUUCGGCCCCGGUAUACCGAACAACUGGUGUUGCCCGUACGGGCAAAAAUUAUACACGCUCGUCGAGCGAUAACCAUCUGCGAGCGACAAAUGCCUCGACAAACCGUCAGACAUCUUCCACCAUCAACACGACGACCCCCAAAUCGACCACCUCAGAUCGUCCAUCGUCCGGCGGACGUAAAGUAGAAAGACCCGUAAAGCAUGUUGCUACAAAAACGAUAAAUCUUUCCACGAAAGCAGUGAGUGGUGUUACUGCCCUCAGCACCACCAGCUCCAAUACUCUCGGCUCGGACCAUCUAGACAACGUGGUAAUUGACAUACAGCUAGCAAAAUCAUCCCGCGAACCGACACCGAACAAGUUGAUUCCGAUCCCGGUAUCGCCAGACACGGAAGAUACGGGCAAACCACGAUAUCCGGACGCAGUGCAAGAACCGGACGACGAUGCAGCCGGCGGUCGUCAAAAUCGUACCCAGCGCGUCAACAACAUUCCCAUCUUUGAGGAAGCAACCAACGAGUACUUGGGGUGUGAAAUUACGGAGGUCGAUGAGACUACCUCGCAACACGCGACACGUAUUACCAACCUCGACCGGGUGACGGAAGAUGACGAGUCGCUGCUGAGCGUUACCGAAAAGGUGAACAAGUUUGCACAGGAAGCACGCCGAUUGCAAGAACCAUCCAAUAGUGGUGUUACUGAUAACCGUCCACAACCUGCAAGAUUCUCAGCACGUCCCGAGUAUGACGAUAUCGAUGAGCAUCUAAAGUCGGAUGAAUGUCUACUGAGUGUAUCGGAUAAGGUAACCAAGUUUAUAUCGACCGCUGAGGAGGUUAAGAAGAUACGCACAUCUGGACCGUUCGUGCCGGAAAAUGAAGAUGUACCGGUAAAGGUAACCGAGGGUGAUGAAUGUUUGCUGAGUGUUAAUGAGAAGGUGAAUCGUUUCGCUAAUCGAAUCCAACGCACUUCGGAAACCCGGGACCAUGAAUCCACUAACACCACGGUUGGUCGUAGCGUUGGACGUUUGCAGGCAUCUGUCGACAAAGAUCAAGUCGAACAGCAGGAGUCGGAAGAGGAGGAAGAGGAGAAUGAGGAGACAAAACAGCACUCUGUAAGUGUGUCCGAAUCCGUAAGCGGUAGGUUUGUUCCCCAAAAGUCACCGGAACUGGUUAAAAAUGCCAUGCGUAGUACUGCGCGUCACAUCGUGGAAGAUGCGGCUGCUGAAGAUCUGGUACAAUCUAGCGGAUCCAGCAUUGCCAAUCGUUAUCGUACGACUACAAUGAACAAACAGUAUGAGAAACAAGCACCGUCCGCAUUGGCACCAUGCGCUAGCCCGAUCACACUCCGCAGCACCGAAGCCGUGAAGAAAGCGAAGGAAAUCUUCGAAAAAGGUCAAACGGUGCAGGACGUUCGUCAGCGUGACAUCUUGAACAGACCGUCGAUAUGGGAAGAUCGCCGUAACAAGCAGCAACAGCCACAGCAACAGAACGAACCUAAAUCAACAGAUUUGAAGCUUGCCGACAUUGGAGUGACUGAGCGUAAAACCACUCAAACGAUGCGUGAAGAAGGCAGAGGCGUAGAGGUGUCGUCGAUUCGUAAGGAAUCAAUUACGAAAGUGGAGUCUGUGGUCGAACCGGAAUCAGCGAAACCGGUUCCUACCCAAGGUCGUCGGGACAGCGGUAGUGGAGUACGACCUCCGACCUAUAUUCGGGAUACAGUGUCUGCGAAGAAGGAUAUGUUUGAGAAACGUAUUUCUUCGUCCAAAAUACAAGUUGAGUACACUACACAAACAUCGCAAGAAGGUGUGGAAACAUCCACUUCAACCUUACCUAGAAGACAAUCGUUGAAGCAACAGGUAGAUACUAGUGCCACCAGUCGUCCAGUACACUCGGUGGAUCAUUCGAAACCCUCCUAUAUGAACCACACCGUCGCCUCGCUGGAGCACAUUAAUGCGAAUCAGAGACGGGACUCACUUGACCACGGAGUGGCGAUAGCACAUAACGAAGCAACGACUGUGCGCAGUACGACCAGCAGUGCCAAGUUCGGAGUCGAGCUAAAGCGCUUGGAUUCAAGCAACCGAACAACAACAACCCAAUCUACAACCGUUAGCUCCAAGCGCAAAACAAGCGCCGGUGAAGCACAGCCUGCAAUUUCCGGUGCAUCCACACCAGUUAUUGAGGAGAUCUUCGAUUUGGAAAUGCUCGAACGUAUGCUAGAGUCGGUAACGGGUUACGAACAGCGACGCCGUAUACGGGCACAAAUUCGUGUCGUUAAGAAGCAGAAGGAACAGCAAACAUCCACUGUUAGCCAAACGGGUAAACAGGCAAAUGUUACGUCCAUGAAAACUGUGACCUCCACGCACAGCUCUACCGUGACGAAUACGCGCGAUUCUAACUCCAACAAACGAAAGGACAGCAGUCCAACCCGUAGUUCGACAUUAUCUGGACGUAAACAAUCGACUACCGUUACCACGGAUGCGAUUGAUGCUGGAGCCAUCAAGAGUCAGGAAAUCUUCGAAACAGACAAGGUGUCCGAACGAAAUAGCAAACAACGCCAGCAGCAGGAACAGGAAAACGUACGAAAUGCUGCAACGAAUGUUUCAACUACAACGAAAACGACGACAGUGGUAACUGAUCGGUUCGCUGGUAAGACUGGAGCACUGGAUCGCCAUCCCACGACUAAAGAUGACCGACCCAUCUGGGCCACUAGCAAUAUUUUGAAGAAAGCGUCGGAAAACACACGCACCUUUAAGAGCAGUAGCGUGACAAGCUCCUCCACCGCUGCUGGUGGUACCGCUGGUGGAAGAAAGGUAGUUAGUACGACGUCCAGCUACCAGCAGGUGAAAUCGUCAACCGAUCCGAAAACAACGACUGACUGCAUCACCUCUAGCUAUGGUGUGGGUCCCACGGAUGAGAACGGAUUGCCACUUUUCGGUAUUCGAGCGUUGAAAAAGAAGGCUGCACCGGCACCGGCCACUACGGAAGAUACCAAGAUCAGUGGAACAAUCGUCACCGAGACGCUGUACGCAGAAAAUGGUGGUCCAGCGGUGGGCAAGCGGAGCACCACCCACUACACGAACGAACCGGGCACAUUUUCGGAGCUUGUAAGAAAUAAUGAGAGAAGUGAUACCGGACAUGAGACAGUUGGCGAUGAUGGGUUUGCAUCAAACCAGAAGUCCGGCAAGAUGAUGGCCAUCCGGAAAACGGAGACGAUCGAUGCUGGUGGUAUGCACACCGAGGAGUUCGAGGUGAUGGAUGGUUUGGAGAUGGCAGCACGACGUGACGCCAAGGUCGUACGUAAGGGUUCGGUGAAAGAGUUAACUGAGCGAUUCAUACACCGUGAGUCGUCGGGCUCCUUGACGCAGGAGUCGACACGUACGUACCCGAAAGCUGGUCUAAUCCUACGGUCAUCAGCUCAAAGUCAGUCCAGCCGUGCGUCGACACCGGCCACGGACGGUUGUUCCAUGCAAUCCGGCUCGGUAGACGAGUUCGAGCAGGACCAGAUGGAAACGGGAGUUACUACGCGUCAGGUGCGUUCAUUCCUGAACGACACCUCCAAGGUUGUCGAUGUGCGCGAUGUCCUCCAACGCAUGAGCAACGCAGAUAAUGUCACCGAGCAAGGUGAUAGUGUUGAGGAUCAGGAGGCGCGAGCGCUGCUGAACAAAUUUCUUGGGGCAUCUGUUUUGAUGAGUGGCGUGGAGUCGAUGGUCUCCUCCACCGGCAGCAUGCUGUCCGAAACUGCUUCACUACCCUCGGCUAAUGCUAACGUCUCCACUAAAAAGGUCUCCAAGGUAUCCUCUACUACAAGCGCCACUAAAACGGUUAAAUCGUCCGGUGUCACUCCAAGUGCAUCUUCGAGCAAGCAAGCAACUGUCGACAAUCUCGACGACAAUUGGGACGAAGCUGUUUUAAAGCAGUUGCUGGAAUCAACAACAAAUUACGACGAUCGUCGCAAAAUCCGGGCCCGCAUCCGUCAAGUAAUGGCUGAAAAAGAAGCGUGCGCCGAUAUUGUCGCCAUCGUAACAGCCGAUCUACAGCGCGAGCGCCAUCUACAGCAACAAACGUCAGCAGCGACGGCUAGUGCUAGUGGUUCGUCCGACCGCCAAAGUGCAACUACGGCAGCGGCUGCCAAUGGUUUAUCGCAGGGUGAGUCACUCCUGUUACCCUUGCUGCAGGGCCUGUUGUUGAGCAACGCAGCCGCAUUCGGGUACAAGGGUAGUACCUUCGCCGGAAAUGCCGACGAAGGGGCAGGUGUUAGUAGUAGCAGUAGUAGUAGUGGUAGUGGUACUGGUGGUAACGAUGGUUGUGGUGGUAGUCACAUUAAUAGUAGCAGCAAUGGUAAAGCUGGCGCAACAUCGAUGGUCGCGUCGAAGAUUCCACCUGUCGAAGAUUCGGGUACGGAAUCGGGCGAAGACUUGCGAUUGCUGGCAGCUGCCGGUUUGCAUGACAUCGGCAGUGCUCACUCCUCCGCCGCCACAGCUGCUGGGGCGUGCAGCAGUUCGACAGUGAAUGGUAAUGGUGGCGCCUUCAGUGCCGCUAGUGGGCUGCCUAGCAUACUGAGCGAAGUGGCGGCUGCGCUAGAACGCUUACAGUCAAGCCUGCAGGGCGAUCCGAACGGUCAGCCAAAGGUGAUGCAGAUCGAUGCGGAACAGCGAAGGGCACUGUUGGCCCUGAUCGCACGGUUACAGCAGGGUUUGCAGCAGCCAGAUAAGCUCGCCGAUCUGGGCUUUGGCGGUUGUACGGCGGAUGCGUACGAUAACAAAGUGCGGCAACCGCAGGGACUGUUGGCGACAGGAGCCGGGCUUAAUGAGACGAUUGACGGUAGCGGCUGUGCGUUGGACACCAGCCAAAACCGGACCCGGGCCGGAAGUUCAAGGUUCAGUGCGAAGCGACGCACCACUCGCAACAAUCGCCACACGGUGGGCGUCAGUCGUGAGGAGCUUGCCGACGCGAGAAGAUUCAUCGAGGAGAUGGUGAGGAUGGACAACAGACACCAGCCUGACCAGAGUGUGACGUCACCGGAGAAGGCGUAUAUACUGCAAAAGCAACAGUCGCUUGGUACCGUGCUGGGAACGGAACCAGAAACAGUCACCUCCGCUGCUGGUGCAGUACCAUCACAGCCAAUGCAGAACGGUGGUAGUUCUGCUCCAGUGACCGCAUUCGCCAUGAAGCGUCCGAGCCAGUUCGUGCCCAAAGAGAUGCAAAACGUACAGACAUCACUCGAUAAGUUGGUGUUGCCUGGGACGGGAGGAAAACCGGCAUCCGUGCCAGUGCACUCAACGCCUGGUGCUUCACAGGUGCGUACAAAACCAUCCAAAGAAAAGUUGCUGAUCCGGCAAUCAAUUAGUGUUGAUCAAGAUCUUCCACCGAUUAGUGCACAUGGUGCGGUGAAUGACAAGUCGGAGUCUGUUAGUGCGAAACCGAUCGACUUACACAAGCACAAGACGGCGGAGCGUAUAUCCAAACAUCACCAUCAUCAACAGCAGCAACAACAACAGCAGCAACCAGAAUUACCGUUCAAGAAGCCCACCCAAACCGUCGCCCAAAGAGCAUUGGUGAAAAAGUACUCCUUUAACGAUGGUUCCAGCUCGGAUGAGGAUGUUGCGCGACGAGCACAGCGCAAAACGGACGAAACGACCAAAACAGCGGAGCAAAUGGUGUUACGCAAUAAAAUUACACCGGCCGAACAACCCGGUCCAACCAGCUCGAUCGUGAUCAACACCGUACAGAAAAUCGUGAGCCGUGAGACAAAACCGACCAACGGCAGCGAGAUCGGUUCGAAGGGUCAGACCGUGACACGGCGGCCUCAACAUCUAAACGGUAGCCGCACGCCCGAAUCACACAAGGACGAUGCGAGUGCAAGACCGCUGAACAAAUAUGCUAGCAAGAAGCUGCGCAUGAAACGCGCCAACACAAUAGAUCUACCGAAAAGUCUACCGCAACAUCUAGCGAGUGACGAUGGGAACUGUGACGAUGAUGAGCAUCAUGAUCCGAGACAGGAACAGAUGGAUCGGUCACAAAAUCAGACCAACCGCACUCAAACAGUGGCGAAACAUACGGGAACGUCCAGCAAAUUUCUGCCAGCGACGGGACCGGCAGUGCCACCGGUAGACGUGCCAGACUUUAAACCGCGCACCGAAAAUGAUCUCAAGUUUAUGGCGUUUCUGCAGCGACAAAACCAACAGUCACGGCAGGUUUGGAGCAAACCGGUACGGGAACAUGUCGGUUCGAACAAUUGGACGAAUAAGUUUGAUCAUCUCAAGAGUAACUUCGAGCAGGCGGAGCGACGUGAUCGUUCCGAUCUGCCGCCCAAGUACGGUGCAGCACCGAAGACAUCGGCAAUGAGCUUUUGGAAGCAGGCCGAAAGUGGUUCGUUCGAUGAAACUACCAAAGUGGGCCCGGUAAAGCAGCAUGCCAAGUCACUGACACCGAAUCAUACGUCAGGUUUCAAAAGUGGCGUCAGUUCUGUAGGAAGAGUAGCGUCAGCUGCGUCUGCUACUUCAGGAUCGCCGAGAACGACACAGACGAGCAGUAAAUAUGGUGCGACAACUUCACACACCUUCAAUCACGAUGCGUCAACGGGUAGUCCAAUCGUGGAAGGGAAGUUGGUACUACCGAAAGCAUCGCCGGGCAGCAACUUGGUAAACCAAUUCUCACACGCACCUGCAUCUGCCUUUAAACCGAUUCCGAAGAAGAUCCCUCCGGAAAAUCUGGAAUUCAAACCGAUCCAACAAGAACUGGAUAUUGUGAAGCCGAUACCAGCCCGUAUAUCGAAUGCGACGGGCUUGGUAAAGCAAAUUGUUGCGACCGGAUUUAAGGAAACGCCCGAAGUUAAACCCGAACCCAUGCACGUACAGUUGGGCCUGGUACGGUCGAUGGCGGCACAAGGAUAUCAGGAGACACCGUACGUACCGCUGCCAAAGUUAGAACGCACACCUACGCACAACGUUCUUAACUAUAAACCUCGCACAGAUGGUACUACCAUUGCGGAGCCGGCACCUCCUGCACCGUGGGUUGGUAAACGAUCCAGUGACGUGACAGGACCGGCAGGUAGUCGCGUGGCAAGUAUUGCUGCCACCAAGUUUACAGCGAACUCGUUCGGACACAACAAACCGUCUCUGCCGAUGCAACAACCGCUGACUUACCAGGGUUCACUGAAGUACGCUGAGAAGCCGCUAACAUACCAGCAGUUCUCGGGUGCGUCAUUACCCUACGAGAAGAGAGCUUCACUACCGGAUGUCUCAGUAGCACAUCUUGGUACGUUCACCUUUACCGACUACACACAACCGGAAUCCGUGUCCACCUUCACGCUGAAUCGCAGUGACUCUCUAACAAAUCCGGAAAAUGCACCUCUAGUACUAACGAGUACGAACUCAGUCUUUAGUCCGACUACUGCACCCUCACAUCAAGUAGUCGAAACGUCAAAUCAACCGCUAAUCAGUCAUCCACAGCAAAUUAACUACCUCACGGUUAAUGUCGAUCAACAGCACCACCAACAGUUGUCACCUCACUCCUCGGCGAAUGAUGAGGACGAGUACGAUUGUGACGAUCUGGAGUCUGUGGAUUCUCAGGAGAUGCGUGUAGUUACGAGGGUGAUGCAAGCACCUCAGGGACAGCAGGCUACGUAUACGGCCGCUAUGCGUCCGACUCACCUGAACGGUGGCUACGAUAGCAGCGGUGGUCGGGGUUCACUGAUUGCUCAGAAUUUGCAAUCGUCGUUGAAAAAAAUCAAAGACAAAAGCCCAACACCACCGAAACCGCGCCAACCGAAUCUGAACGGUGUUGGGGAUCAACUCACUGUCUCAGUCCGAAGACCGUUGGUGGCUCCACAGGUUGAAGUUACUCUGCCCACACCAGAGCAAACGCAACCACCGGUACCGUCACAUGCGAUCUAUAAUAAUGUUCAGCCGCAUCCAAUGCAUCGGUACUCGGAGCAGUCACUGGCACGCACCAAGUCUAGUCAUUCGCUAGCGAUACCGAGCACGGUACAUCAAUCGCGACCAAUCAGCGCUGAAAAGCAACGCACCGUUGAGGCAUACUUCACGGGACAACCGGCUAGUCAGAACAAUGGUUACCUGAUGACGCGUACAGCUUCCAACCAUAAUCUGGUACUGCGUGACAAGUCCUCCAUGGCAGCACCGCACAACACUGUUCGGCCGGUAUCCUACGCCAUGGGUCAUAAUGCGGGCUACUACGGCAGCAAUGGUAAUCAGCAGGUGCAACAAUCACGUCCCGCUUACGUACCGCAUGGUAUCACACCAUCUUUACAAUCUCAGAAACGACACGGUCAGAGCUAUAUGGAUGACACCCUGCCCUAUCAUCCACAGCCGCUUGGUGGAGGUUUGCUGCGUAGUCGUACGAUGCCUCAUAUACCGCUCGGUAGCUUAGCGCUUCUCGACGAGAACAACGUGGAGGACGCAUUCGAGGAGCUCAUGAACCAAUCGUUCGCAGUCUUUCAGCAAACAACUACCCGUACUAUCGCUAACACGAAAAUGGAAUCACAGGAUGGCUCUGCUGUUACAACAAGAACAACGGUUACGACCAAGACUGUUGCCUCAAGUGCUCCAAAGCCAAUGUCACCUUUCGCCAAGUUCCGACAGCUCGAUAAGCAGAAUUCCCUCUCAUCGCAAUCACCUCCUAACUCCCCUAAGACACCAACUCCGACGACACCGUCCGCCGCGAUGGGUCCAAUGUUUAAGUUUACCGAUCCCGCAUUGAAUCGUCGCGCCGCAACUGUUAAGGAUCAAUUGUUGCAGUGGUGCCAGAUGAAGACGAAGGAAUAUGAGAACGUUAAAAUAGAAAACUUCUCCACCAGCUGGUCAGAUGGAAUGGCAUUCUGUGCGCUGAUUCACCAUUUCCUGCCGGACGCUUUUGAUUUUAGCAAACUAACACCACAACAGCGUCGCCAUAAUUUCACCCUCGCCUUCCGAGUGGCUGAUGAAAAAGCCGGGAUCGCGCCCCUACUGGAUGUGGAUGAUAUGGUUGCAAUGCGAAAGCCUGACUGGAAAUGUGUCUUCACUUACGUGCAGUCCAUUUAUCGACGCUUCAAAAAUGAAAUCUAAGCAAACAUGUUGUUAGAGGAAGGGAGGGAGUACGAAUAGUGUAAUCACACUAUUGCGGACGGGCGGCAAAAGGGAAGGAUGUUAUUUUUGUUUUUUUGUUUUGUUAAAAUGUUAAAUGUUUCAAAGCUUUUGCUUUGCCGCCGCUGCGUAGCCAUCCUUCUGAGGUUUUAGUUAGAAACAUACGUGCGCGAUAUUCCUUCUGCCCAACACAUACACACCUAACACGGGAUUGUCCUGAAGAGAACAAAAAAAAAACUAAAAAAGGAUCAAUCACUUUUCGCUUGGAAGGGAAAUUAACGAGCGUUUCCCAUCAUUUCGUAGCUAAUUUUUGUGUUGCGGCCCAACAUGGAACGAUUCCUUUGCUUCUUUUCGACGAAGUUAAACCGAAUCAGACACCAAUCCUUAAAGAGUGAAGAUUCCAUCUGAAUCCACGGUAGAAGUUUCUUAUGUUUAGAAGCACGUCCUUUCUGGGAGGAUUUUUUUUAUUCUUAAUAUUAUUAUUAUUUUUUAUUGUUAUUAUUUUAAGCUUGCCCAAUCUGCCAACCUUACUACAUACUGACCGAAAGUCAAUGAACAAUAAGCUGUUAUUUAACAAAAAACAAAAUGGAAACGAUUGACAAUUUAUGUUCCCACGCUUCCCAUGUUCUAUUCUGCAUACUAUUCUUACGAAUACAACGAAUCGAAGAAAACAUAAUAAAAACCACUUAACAACGAAUUUCAUUUACAGCCAAGCAGACAAGGCAUGUGGUAUAUAUAAAGGUAUAACUGUUUUGUUCAUAUACCUUAGUCCAGCGUCUAAGUCUUGGCGAACAAGAUUUAACAAAUAAAACACAAAACGAAUUAAAAAAAAAAUCAAACAAACACACAAAGGGAUUAUCGCGAAGGGGAAACAAUGUUUUUGGGGUAUUUAUCCUUACAAAAGAUGAUAUAUAUAUAAUUGUUUUUUCAUGUUUAUCAUACUAUGCUCUCAUAAUUAAUUAUAGUAUGCAACGAUUGCUGUUGUUGUUUAGAAACAAUUAGUAAGGACAACGCGUUUGUUCCAUUCAAUCAUUAUAUGUACGAAGAAAUACAUGUUUUAAUCACGCUUCCAUGUUUCA